GAUCCAACUGUCCACUUUUGGUCGUGUUCCAGAACGUCUGCAAGUCAUCCCUGUUCCUUGCGAAAAUCGGUAUGCCCUACUCGCCCAAAAGCACGUGCCUGUAUUCUCUACGAAAGUCCUUCCCACCUUCCCCGGUCUCCAAAUGCCACUUCUCACUCCAUCCACCCAAUCAAAACCAUUCGUUUCAACACGCGCUACGUGUUCGAUUGGCAACGUGACAUCGAGCUAUCUCCUUCGCCAAGAAACUGUACGAUAAUAUCACGUGUAAUAAGAAAAUGAAGGAAAUAAAAAUCGCCGAAGGAAAAAGCCAUCUGAUUUUGGUGAAACCAGGUUUACUGUGCUCCGGUCAAUAGAAAGGAUAAGUAAUCAGAAGAAAAGUAUAUUCUUUUUAUUCUAAGGUUUUUACAAAGGCAAAAUUGUUUUUCUUCGUUUUUUAACGCCAGGGUUCUUGAUCAAAAGAUUCUCUAUCAAGAAAAAAAGAAGGGCAAUCGAUUUUUUGUUUUUGUUUUAAUCGGCAAAAAAAAUGCAAUCCAGUCAUCUGCUUCUGGAAGAGCCAAUCAGGAUGGCUUCAAUCCUGGAGCCAUCGAAGGCUAGUUUUUUUCCAGCAAUGACAAAGAUAGUGGGAACUUUAGGUCCGAAGUCUCGAUCCGUGGAGGUUAUUUCUGGUUGCCUUAAAGCUGGAAUGUCCGUGGCUAGGUUCGAUUUCUCGUGGCGUGACCCGGAGUAUCAUCAAGAAACCUUAGAAAAUUUGAAGACAGCCGUUAAGACUACUAAGAAGCUUUGUGCGGUUAUGUUGGAUACAGUGGGUCCGGAGUUGCAGGUUGUUAAUAAAAUCGAAAAAGCCAUCUCUCUACAGGAAAAUGGUACCGUUAUCUUGACACCAGACGAAGGACAAGAGGCCUCUUCAGAAUUAUUGCCCAUCAAUUUUGAUGGAUUAUCAAAGGCAGUGAAGAAGGGAGACACUAUUUUUAUUGGUCAGUACCUGUUUACUGGGAGUGAAACCACAUCCGUAUGGCUGGAGGUUAGUGAGAUACAAGGAAAUGAUGUGGUUUGUGUGAUAAAGAACUCUGCAACAUUGACUGGGUCAUUGUUCACGUUGCAUGCCUCUCAAAUUCGUAUUGAGUUGCCUACCCUCUCUGAUAGAGACAAGGAGGUUAUAAGUUCUUGGGGAGUUAAAAACAAAAUCGACUUCCUCUCACUAUCAUACACUCGACAUGCGGAAGAUGUUCGCCAUGCUCGUGAGUUCCUUUCAAAGUUGGGUGACCUCUCUCAGACACAAAUUUUUGCUAAGAUUGAGAACAUAGAGGGAUUAAACCAUUUUGAUGAGAUCCUCCAGGAAGCAGAUGGUAUCAUUCUUUCCCGUGGAAAUUUGGGCAUUGAUCUCCCUCCUGAGAAGGUGUUCUUAUUUCAAAAGGCUGCUCUGUACAAGUGUAACAUGGCUGGAAAGCCUGCGGUGGUCACUCGUGUUGUGGACAGUAUGACUGACAACUUGAGGCCAACUCGUGCUGAGGCAACUGAUGUUGCCAAUGCUGUUCUUGAUGGAAGUGAUGCUAUUCUUCUUGGUGCUGAGACCCUGCGUGGAUUAUACCCUGUUGAAACCAUUUCUAUUGUUGGCAAAAUUUGUGCAGAGGCAGAGAAGGUAUUCAACCAGGAUCUAUAUUUCAAGAAGACUGUCAAAUAUGUUGGAGAGCCAAUGACCCACUUGGAAUCCAUUGCUUCCUCUGCGGUACGAGCAGCAAUUAAGGUGAAGGCAUCAGUUAUUAUAUGCUUCACAUCCUCAGGGAGAGCUGCCAGAUUGAUUGCAAAGUACAGGCCAACAAUGCCAGUUCUCUCAGUUGUUAUCCCCCGGCUUAAGACAAAUCAAUUGAAGUGGAGCUUUAGUGGGGCCUUUGAGGCUAGACAAUCUCUCAUUGUCAGAGGUCUUUUCCCUAUGCUUGCUGAUCCCCGACAUCCUGCAGAGUCUACAAAUGCAACAAAUGAGUCAGUUUUGAAGGUUGCACUUGACCAUGGGAAGGCUUCAGGAGUUGUAAAGUCACAAGAUCGAGUUGUCGUUUGCCAGAAGGUAGGGGAUGCUUCUGUCGUGAAGAUUAUCGAGCUGGAAGAUUAAACUAAAUCAUUUUUGUCACUCUCUCCUGUGGGAUUUUUGCGUUCUGAUUUUUUAAUGCGGUGAAUGACUUUAUUGGUGGCACCUGCGAGGCCUUGUUCUCCAGGUUUUGGUGAACGCAUGGAUUUGAAAUGUAUUAAGAAUAUACACGCUUUUAACAAUCUUUUUCCAGCUUAUCCGAAAUGAAUGCAUGGAAAAUA